AUGGAACCUAAUCCUUCCAUGCUGUCCACUCCAGCCGCGACCACGUGGUUCUGCUGGUUCUUCCCAGUAUUUUGCCCGGAUUCUUCGUACCAAUGGUCACCUAAUCCACCCGAGACUACGCUACAAGCAGCGGUUACCAGCCCCGGACCGAGUACAAUUGUCACUUCAAUUUCCAAGAGCUCAGCUGUCUCUUCCAUGGCGUCGUCUUCGGCUGCCGCUUCGACCUCAGUCAUUGGGUCGAUCUCGAGCUCAGCUGUUUCUUCCAAAGCCUCUCAGUCUACGCCAUCUUCGGCUGCCACUUUGAGCUCUUCCAGUGGGCCAAUCUCCAGCUCUGCCUCUUCAGUAAUCAUUUCGAGUUCUUCGUCCUCUACUUCCUCGGCUCUAUCAUCCUCUGUCAGUCCCUCCGCGUGGUCUUCUUUCGUUUCAGCUUCAGCCUCAGCCUCUCAGCUCUCCGCUUCAGUCUCGAUUGGUAUUGCUUCCUCAUCGAUCAGCUCAGGAUCGUCUUCCGCGUCCUGGGCGUUCUCGGCGUCCCGUCCCGUCCCGUCCGUCAGUAGUGUCCUCUCUACCGCUUUACCCUCUUUGUCUACUGGUUCCUUGAGCCGGCCACCCUCGAUCAGUCCCUCUGCAUCGUCUGCUCACAUGUCGGCUUCGGUCUCAGCCGAUCUCACCUCCGUUUCAGCGAAUCCGAGCUCGGCCCCGGCAUCCUCCAGCGCAUCUGAACACCACAUCUCGUCCUUCUCUGGUCCAUCCAUCAGUCGAUCCGCUUCAACUAGCAGCCAUUCCGGUGGCUCUAGCAGUCAACCCGCCUCAUCUAUUAGUCGAUCCGCGUCGUCUGUCAGUCAGUCUGGUUCAUCUAGCAGUCAAUCUGGUUCAUCUAUCAGUCGAUCCGCUUCAACUAGCAGCCAUUCCGGUGGCUCUAGCAGUCAACCCGCCUCAUCUAUUAGUCGAUCCGCGUCGUCUGUCAGUCAGUCUGGUUCAUCUAGCAGUCAAUCUGGUUCAUCUAUCAGUCGAUCCGCUUCAACUAGCAGCCAUUCCGGUGGCUCUAGCAGUCAAUCCGGUUCAGCUAGCAGUCAAUCUGGUUCAUCUAUCAGUCGAUCCGCUUCAGCUAGCAGUCAAUCCGGUUCAUCUAUCAGUCGAUCCGCUUCAUCUAGCAGUCAAUCUGCUUCUUCCAACAGUCAAUCCGCUUCAUCCAGCGGUAGUUCAGGUCCUUCCAGCAGUAUCUCAGCGUCAUUGUCGGCUAGCUCUGGCAUUCGGUCAUCUGCCUCCUCCUCAGCCAUUGGUACCUCGAUCACCAACCCUUCCAUCUCGGCAAGCUCCUGGAGACCAUCCGGAUCCGAGGCGUCAGUUGCUAGCUCUUCCGUAUCGUCAAGCAGCAGUGCUAGCUCCAAAGCAACUUUGCCUAGCUCUUCCAGAGCUGCGAUCAGCUCCUUGUCGAGCCUUUCCAGCUCCAGCGCUUCGAGCUCAUUCCAUUCUGCCUCUGCCUCUGCCUCUGCCACCGGUCAACCGUCGUCUUCCACAUCCUCGUUCAGUAUCUCUUACUCCAAGAGCCAAGCGAGCUCCGUAGCCAGUUCAUCUAUCUCAAGUGCCCUUCCAGCUACGAUCCCAACGACAAAGCCCGCCGCUGUCAAACAAGGCACCGGUCUGGGAGGCGGACAUCUCAGUGACGUUUAUAAAGCGGGAGGAAAGCUAAACUGGUACUAUACUUGGUGGUUCAGCCCUAGCUCAGGGCAAGAAGACUUGGAGUUCGUACCCAUGAUUCUGAACGCCAACGCAGAGUACGGUGUUGCAAGCGCUGAGCUCAAGUGGCGAAACGUUACUGCUGUCUUGUCCUUUAACGAGCCCGAUCAACCCGGCCAAGCUGACAUCGGCCCGGAAGCGGCUGCUGUGGCUCACCAACGCUGGACCUCCAAACUCAGGGGUCAAUAUCGGAUUGGCGCACCCGCUAUCGCCCAAGGGGCUAAAGAUUGGCUUCGAAGAUGGAUCGCAGCUUGUGAUGGCAAAUGCCAAUAUGAUUUUAUCCCCAUCCAUAUAUACGGUAAAAGCGGUCCAUCCGCUUUGAGUUAUGCCGAGUCUAUCAUCAGCGAAUUUCAAAAGCCAAUCUGGAUCACCGAAUUUGCUUGUCACGGAUGGGGCCAGCCCACUUGUACUCAGGAGGAAGUUAUCGCCUACAUGGACGGCACCAUUCCUCACUUCCGCACCAACCCCAUGGUCGAGCGAUGGGCAUGGUAUGGCGCCUGGAACUCGAGCUCAGACUCCACCGACGGUUAUGCCUUACAAUACAAAAAUGGCACUCUCAACGCCAAGGGAGAGCAUUACCUCUCGCUCUGA